CUAUGGAAAGUAUAGAAAAAAAGAAGAGGGAAAUGGCCCCCCUGUAAGAACGGAACAUCGAAUUAUUAUAAGUAAUUUGCCAGAGAGUUGCAAAUGGCAGCAUUUAAAAGAUGCCAUGAGACAGUGUGGUGAUGUAGGAUAUGCUAACAUUGAGCGUGGAAAAGGUGUAGUGGAGUUUAUUAACCGUGACGAUAUGCUAUAUGCAAUUGAAAAAUUUGAUGGCUCAGAAUUUAAAGUUUAUGACGAUGUUACAAAUAUUAAAGUUAGAAGAGAUAGAAGAGCUUCGUCAUACAUGAAAAGACAUCGAGAGGAUCAAUACAGUCCCAGACAUAAAAAGAGACGUAGAUAUAGUGACGAAUCAGGAUCAGCCUCAAGAAAUAGAUCUAGAUCAAGAAAGCACAACAAAUAUAGUAGCAACUCACCCACAAAAAGAAAUAAUAAAUACGACUCUGGAAGUGAAAGCGAAGGUGAUAAUAAAGACAAAAGCAAAGGAAAGACAGGCGGGUCCCAAGAUAAAAGAAGUUACAGCUCAAAUGACAAAAGGAGCAAAAGUGGAUCGAAUAAUUCUUAUAGAAGUGGUGAUAGAAAUUACAAAAAGAAAAAAAAUAAGCAUGACAAUUUAAGUGAUAGAUCAAGUGAAUAUGGCGAAAUGGGAAGUGGAAAAAAUAAUAGCCGUAACAAAAGUGGAAGUAGGAAAAGAAGCAUAAGUGAAGAUGAUGGAAGCAAGAGUAGAAAAAGUUUGAGCGAAGGUGGUGGUGGAAGCAAAGAUAGGAAGAGGAGUUUAAGUCUGAAAAGAGAAAAUAGCUCGAGUAAUGAAAAAAAAGGAAAAAGAAAAAGAAGCAAUUCUUCUGAAAGAUCGAAUUAUAGAAGCAAUUCGGGGGAAAUGAAAAAAGAAAAAGAAGAUAAAAGCAAUGAUGAGAGAAGUGAAUCUAGAAAGAGUUAUAAAUCUCCUAGCAGUAACUCAGCUAGAGAAAAUAGCUCAGAAAAGGAAAAGAACGAGGAAAAAAAAAAAACAGUUGGCAAAAAAACAAAAAAAACAGCAAACACUGUUAAGAAAACGAAGAAUGCAGUUGAAAAAGGUAAAAAGGCAAAUAAUGCUAAAACAAGCAAAAAUGAGGAUUAUGAAAAUGUGUCCAAUGAUGGAAAUAAAAGUGAUGGGGAGAAAUGUGUAGACAAGGAAAAUAAUAAAGAAGAAAAUUCUGGUACAAAUAAAAAUGAAGGAACUAAAAAAUCAGCGGCGUCAGAGGCAAAGCCUAAAAGGGGGGGAGGAAGAAGAGGCAAAAAAAAAGCUCCCGCAGAAGAAAAUGCAGCCAACACAGCAGAUGAAAAUGUAAAUGGCAAUGCCAGUAGCUAA